UUUCUGUGAGAUCUUUUAUCUUUUUUUCCUCCUCGCCAAGGGAAGCCACCAUCAAACUCACAAGCUGUUCAGAGCUGCUCUCAGUCAACAUGACGGCUGCCGGCGAUCUCCAAAACCUUCUGCCGACCGCACUGAUAUGGAUCAUACAUGUCAAGCCUUGCUUGUCGGGGGAUGCAGUGAGUGCUACCACCACAGACUACACAGAAGAAACCGUUUCUGGUGACUUUUAUGAAGACAUACCCACCGUUUGUGGAAAAGAAUCAAACCGGUAUUUCCGCUGGUGGUUUAUACCAAUGCUCUUCACCAUCAUCUGCCUGCUGGGCCUGGCUGGAAACCUGCUGGUCAUCCUCACAGUCAUCUUCUUCAAGCGGCUGAAGAGCAUGACAGACGUGUACCUGCUCAACCUGUCCUUUGCAGAUCUGCUCUUUGCCCUGUCUCUCCCCUUCUGGGCCGCAAACUCCAUGACAGAAUGGGUUCUGGGCCUGUUUCUGUGCAAGGCCAUGCACACCAGUUACAAGGUCAGCUUCUACAGCAGCAUGUUCUUCCUGUCCUUCAUCAGCAUCGACCGCUACUUCGCCAUCGCCAAGGCUGUGUCUGCCCACCGCCAUCGCUCAGAGGCCAUCCUGUUCAGUAAAGUGUCCUCAGCUGUCAUCUGGGUCAUGGCCCUGAUCUUCUCAAUACCAGAGAUGGCGUACACAGACAUCAACAACAACACCUGCUCUCCGUUUGUCAGUGAGAAGGACCCUCUUCGUGUCAGCCUCCAGGCCAGUCAGAUCGCUCUUGCCUUCCUUCUUCCUCUUCUGGUCAUGAGCUUCUGCUACUCCUGCAUCAUCAAGACACUUUAUCAGGCUCGCAGCUUUGGACGAAACAAGGCCAUCAAGGUGAUCCUGGCCGUGGUCGCAGUCUUCCUGGUCUCCCAGGUUCCUUACAACGUGGUCCUCUUCUGGUCCACCGUAGUCACAGGAGCCGGAGGAACUGAUAACUGUAACUAUGACAACAGCCUUUUGUUCGCCACUGACGUCACACAGUGUGCAGCCUUCCUGAGGUGCUGCCUGAACCCCUUCGUCUACGCCUUCAUUGGCGUCAAGUUUCGUCACGAUCUGCUGAAGUUGCUAAAGGACUUUGGCUGCAUGAGCCAAGAGAGGUUCUACAGGUACACCUACAGCAGGAGGAGAAGCUCGGCAGGGCUGGACACCGAGACCACCACUACCUUCUCACCUAAAACCACAGGCCUAUCACCCAAAGACGAAAUGAUGGACAUUUAAAGGCAAAAGAUCAGCGUCACGUGUACAAAGCAGCUUUAUUCUUGCAUCUUAAUCAGGGGUGUCAAACAUACGGCCCGCGGGCCGGAUCCGGCCCGCAAACGGGUUGAAUCCGGCCCGCGAGAUGGUUGUGUAAACUUUAUUUUCAUACUUUAAAAUGUAGAGUGAAAAUAAACGUAUCUUUGUGAGCAAGUUUUCUCUGUAAUGAGUAUAAAUAAAACAAAGCUGCGCUCAAGGCUCACACAAGAACUUGAAUCACAUCCUGAAGUUGGCCGCCACUCAGGAUGUGACUUCUGAUAUUGAUGUACCGGUGAAAUCUAAAAGAUGUAAAGUAAAAUGAGUCGAAUAUACUUUAAGUGCUGCAUGAAACUGAUCUAGCCACGUGAUCUGUAAGCUCUUUGAAUCGCUAAGGAAUGUUUUUUUUUAAUUUAUUGAUUUUUUUUCCCCAAAUUUUCAAGUACACUUCAGGUGUUGUACUUGUACUAUUUUGGAUACACUGUCCUCAGGCUCCAGCCUUGUUUUAUAGUGAUUGUAUUAAAACAAAGAAAACAAUCUGAAGUUGUUUUUAAUUUACCGGUCCGGCCCACUUGGGACUAGAUUUCCCUCAAUGUGGCCCCUGAGCUAAAAUGAGUUUGACACCCCUGAUCUUAAUGGUUUUACUGCCGUUUCAACAUUAUUGUUUUCCUUUGAUUCAUGUUUUUGCCUUUAGUGUACGGUGGUAAAAAAAAAUCAUACUCCUGCAAAAACGUAAAAAGAAUGCAAUAAAGUCACUGAAUGAACAACAUGGCUGGUGUAAAGGAUGGGUCGUUUACAUCUUACUUAUGAACCAUAAAAUGUGAGAUUCCAUAGAAAUAUGAAAUAUCAAUCUGAUGGAUCUUUGAAUAUUUUAACCAGAAGAUCAGAACUUUUUCUUGCAGGGAUUAAGCGACACUUCGUAUUAACUCCAAGGAAAGAGAGAGAGUCAGGUUUAUAAUAGUUAAGAAAUUUAUUUCUACACAAUUUAAACAAGACUAACUUUAACACUCUGUGUACUCAUGGACUAAGGUGGAGUGAGUCGUGAUGUGUAAUAAAAAUGAACUUGUCAUCUGUUGUAUAAUUGCUUUAUAUAAGUUAUUGAUCACUACUGUUUGUCAAUCACACUUAUCAUGAGGAUGUAAUCAAGGGUAAUCAUGGUAGAGCCGAACAUAAUGUGAUCAUGAGGAUGUAAUCAAGGUAAUCAUGGUAGAGGUGUGCAGCUUUGCACGCACAUCAGGGAAUGUAUAAGGAGCAGAGCAGGGCUCAGGGGGGUUAGAGCUGCUUGGCGUAUUCUACCUGACGAGGUUCAUGGAUUACAUGUGUUCAGUUCUUCACCUAUCAUGGAUUACGUUUUCUAACUGGGGUGUUCAGCUCUCCACCCAUAAGCAACGGUAAGAGAAAUGUUUCGUUCAUGAUUGAUAACUUGUAUGAAUGCCGGUUGAAUAAAGCCUUGUUGUUCAUCUGA